AGUAAAAACCUAAUUUCAUCUUACCCGUUACGCUAAAAGUCGACACCAAUUAAUGUUUAUAGAUUUACAAUAGAGACAUGUCUACAUAUAACUGAGUGUACCGUACUAAACGUCCAUCUGUGAGCCAUUUCCCCUCUGACAUUGUGUAAAACCAAGGCGUGACGGGUCGACAGAUCCCGGCGGAUCGAUAGCUCCGCGCCACUGAUUUUGAUCCGCCUCCGGACAUCCACUAACACUAUGCUGUUCCAGAUCCUACAUGCGUAAUAAACUUUGAAUUUCCUUUUUACCAAUGGGCAGUAGAUUAGUAGAUCUAGAGUGAGACACGGUGAACGUAGCAAGGAAAACACAGACAGAAACGUGAUGUAACAGUUCUACAAUCACUGGGUAGAAAUUAAGUCGAGGUCCAGGAAAAUCCGAGCCUUGCUCACAGAUCAUGUUCGAAAUAUCCCCGCUCUGGAUUCCGUGCGUUCUGCUGAUCUUUGGAGAAGUCUCGGGGCACGGAUUUUUGCGGGACCCCCCGGGACGAUCCUCUAUGUGGCUGUUUGGGUACGGCACCCCCGCUAACUACCAGCAUAUGGAGCUCUUUUGUGGAGGCUUCCCGACGCAAUGGUGGUUAAAUGACGGGAAAUGUGGCGUUUGUGGCGAUCCUUACAACGCACCGCGGGAAAACGAACCCCCCUAUGGUAAAUACGCGAAGGGAGUUAUAACACAGAGCUACACCUCGGGCUCGAUCAUGCGGGCUACUGUCCACGUGACCGCCAGCCAUAAAGGCUAUUUCGAGUUUCGCCUCUGUCCACACGAUGAACCCAAUAUCACGGUCACUCAGGAGUGUUUGGACCGGAACUUGUUGUCAGACCCCAUAACUAAGGGGACUAAAUUCUUUGUCGACGACAAAAGUGUGGGGAUUUAUCAGCUUGAACUUCAACUUCCGGAAGGAGUCGUCUGCAACGCAUGCGUUCUCCAGUGGCGUUAUAGAACAGGUAAUCGAUGGGGCUGCUACAAUAGUGAUUUUACCAAAGGUCCUUGUGGACUGGGUUUCGGACCUCAAGAGGAGUUCUACGCAUGCUCCGAUAUCCGUAUCCAAGGGAACAACACGACAGUUAUAACGUCAACCCGCCCUUCGCCAGAAACAUCAGUGACGUCACUGUCCAAAACAACAACGAUAUUGACAAGUUCCACAACUGCAGAGAAAGUUGUUACGACAACAACUGCAAACCCAACGACAACCCAGAAAUCUACAACACCGCUAAUAACAUCAACCCCCCAACCUGUCCAAACUACUACCGCUCCAACCCCCACCGUAAACAUCGUAUGUAAGGCUGUGGGUCCCUGGAAAAACUCCCUACCCAUGGACAACUGGUGCCGAAUUAACUGCGCGCGCAAUUACUGUCCUCCCACGCACUGCAUGUGUGGUCGUGAAGACUUGCUUACAGUGGACAACGGAAUCAUGAAUUCUGGAAAGACGUGCGUGUCCCUGAGACCUAACUCUGGGUGGGAUUUGUGGUGUCAACACAACUGCCCUAUGGGCCUGUGUUAUCCUAGUAUAUGUCGCUGUGGAAGCCUUACCCUGUCUAAGAUGGUACAACACAAUCUAGGAACGCGAUGAUUGACCCUCAAAAUCUACAGCAGACGACAGUCUCAAUUAAACUUGCGUUGGUCUUAUUGGUUAAAGUAGAUCUUAAGACAGUUUUAACAUUUCACAAUUAUUUUGAACAAGACAGUCAAUUAUGUUUGCAAACAGUUGGGUAUUUCAACAGUUGGAUAUUGUCGAAAUUGAUUUUAAAAGUUGAUCGAUCGUGCAUUAUUAUAAACAUCCAACGUCUAGCAUGAAAACUUUUCACUUAGUUAAGUCCAAGUCUCCAAUAAUUUUUAAAGUGUUUAUAUGUGUAAUCGGAUAUUCAAAGCAAGAUUGUACUUGUGUUUCUGGUGUAUCUACAGAUUCCUUAAGAACGUAGCAACUUCAACUGCAAAAAAUUACUCAUAUCGCCAAAUGGAAUUGAAAUACAUCCAAAUAUUACACCUUUACCAAGGUAUAUCAAACAUUAGUAAAAAAAAAAGUUAUAAAAAAACAGGACACGAGCCUUGUUUACAUGACAAAGAGUUGUGAGCCCUGUUUCUUGCUUGUAACUCUACGACUGACUCUCAAAUUUCAUUUGAUUACUAGAAAUGCCCUUAUAAAGCAUUGUAAAAAAUAAAAACAGAUAAAUAAAAUUUGACCAAAAUUGUGACCACUCCCCUUAAAAAUAACAAAUAGAUUAUCAAUUACAUGCAUGUAUAAAACCUAAACAAGAAAAAAGUUAGAUGGCCUCUUUUUUUCAAUAGAUAAAGAUUGGAUUGGGUGGGGGGGGGGGGGGGUCCAGGCCCAAGUACGUAAGGCAAAUAGAAUGUGAAAUAUAGGUUCACUUGGCAUCCUUUUCAACUCUGUGAGCGUGAGUUUGAACUUUUCAACAACAGCAUUUUAAAACAGAUAUAGUUGUGUGUGAAGUGACAAAUUAAGAAGAAUAACACAUAAACCACUUUAUUUCAAUCGUAUUACGUUACAAAUAAGUACAUGUGCAAUUAUUUCCCUUGUUAUUUUCUCCUGUUUUCGAUUUCUUGUUAUGUUCAAAUUCCCAAUGGUCGACGCAUGUGGUCAUAGGAUUCUAAUAAAACUGCACUUCACAGCGGCAUUUUGGACACUUUUUUUGUAAAGAAGAUGGAUGGAUAAGGCGUGUUAAAUGCCUAUAGAAAGACGAAUUAGGUACUGAAAAAUAUCAACAACUGAUACAUGUACUAGUAAUUCUUUUUAAAAAAAUCAUUCAAAACAAGGUAUAUAACAUAACAUCGAAUUGCAACCUUAAAUAUGUUUGAAUAAGUUGAUAUAAAGUGGCGUAAGCGUAUCAAAACCUCCAAUCAUUCUUUUUAGAACUUCAAUGCGUUUUAUUGUAUAGAGUGGAUGUGAGCUCCUAAUAUUUGUCAUAGUCCAAAUAAGGUGAAAAAAAAUCAACGAAAACGUUGAGAGACGACCCACUGUCUUACCCCCCCCCCAUUUUCUUUAAAGCUAUAUAUGCUGUUUUUAACGCUUUUUUGCUUAGUUGAAAACCCGACCCAAACUUUUUAGUGUGACGAUCUACAAAAGUUAGAAACUUUCUGCAAGUCAUGUAUUUUUAGUUUUAUAAAACUUAUCUACAAUGGAAAAUAUGCCUUAUGAGGGAAACAAAGUUCUUCAUGAAAAUAGGUACAAUAUCUGAGGAAAAUGUCUAUCACAAACCUAUGCUCUCUAAAAGAUGUUUUGAAAACUGUGUGGAAUGCAACUUUUAUAGUUAUCGUAAAAUUGAAGUUUCUUAUUCUCUGUAGCAUUACCAAUCGGGAUGACAAAGGGGUAUACUUUUACUUUUAGAUAAUAACUCAGUUCUUCAAAAGGAAAAUAAGGUUAUCGUGUAGCUAAAACAAAGGUUACACAAGUUGCAGCUUAUUCAACAUUUGGCAAUUGGUCAAGUAUCAUAAAAAGCUAAGUUUAGGAAAUUCAACAUUAACAUUUAUUUCAGCUCAAUCUUUAGCACCCAGUGAUAAUUCUUAUCACUAUCUGAAUAAGAAUGGCAUACACAGUUUUAUAGGGGCUUGGUCACGAUUUUGGUCAACUUCUAUUCAUUUCUAAUGAUCAUGUGAAAUUUGAGGGUCAGGUGUAGAGUUAUGAGCAAGAUACAAGGUUUACAACUCUUUGUCAUGUAAACAAUGCUCAUGCCCUGUUUUUGUUUAUGUCGGUUCAAUAUACCAGUAUAAAAUCUUUUUCAAGCUGAUUUGCCUAUCUUGUGAUUCAUUUUAAGCAUAAAUAAAAUGUUACUAACGUUUAA